AUUAAGGAUAAAGUUUCUUAUAUUGUUUGGAAAUUUGAACCAACUGAGAAUGAAAAGUUACAUGCUCAAAUGUAUUUACAAUUUCAUUCUACUAAGAGACAAACUCUUAAAAGUGCUAAAGAAAUAUUUAAAGAGGAUAAAUCAUUAAUAUUUCAAGAAAAAUUAGGUGGUACUUCUAUUCAAAAUAGAGAUUAUUUAUUAAAAACUUAUGAUCGGUCUUGGGGAAGAGGUACUUUACCAAAAGAAGUUGUUGGUCCAUUCGAAUUUGGAGAAUUCAGAGAAAUUGAAAAAAGUUUUACCAAAGCUUAUAGAGAAAAAAAAGAUAUAAAAGAACUAAAGCUUGAAGAACAUCAAGGAGGUUUAGAUAGUAACAAAAUGUUAGAAGAAGAAAAAACACCACUUGAAAUAUUUAGAGAAAAUAAAAAUAAAAUUCUAUAUUGUAAAAGUUAUGAGACAAUGAUAAAAAUUUAUAAUGAUUUACAAAAAGAAAAACAAAAAGAAAAGG